UUUUCUGUCUUUUGUCCUUUAGGAAGCGUUAUUUAAUGAAAAGUUCAUGCUUGCAGAGUAAAAAUGGCGGGCUUCCUAGAUAACUUCCGAUGGCCCGAGUGUGAGUGCAUUGACUGGAGCGAGAGGAGAAACGCCGUGGCCUCUGUGGUCGCAGGCAUAUUGUUUUUUACAGGUUGGUGGAUAAUGAUCGAUGCUGCGGUGGUCUAUCCUAAGCCUGAGCAGUUGAACCACGCUUUUCACACAUGUGGUGUGUUUUCCACACUGGCUUUCUUCAUGAUAAAUGCCGUAUCCAAUGCGCAGGUGAGAGGUGACAGCUAUGAGAGCGGCUGUUUGGGCCGGACAGGUGCCCGCGUCUGGCUCUUCAUCGGCUUCAUGCUGAUGUUCGGCUCGCUCAUCGCCUCCAUGUGGAUCCUCUUCGGUGCAUACGUCACUCAGAAUAUUGAUGUUUAUCCUGGACUAGCUGUGUUCUUUCAAAAUGCUCUUAUAUUUUUUAGCACUCUGAUCUACAAAUUUGGAAGAACCGAAGAGCUCUGGACUUGAGAUCACCUCUCAGAUUGUACCCUCCUCUUGUUCUGUUCUGUUUUUAGAUAACUUUAUCUCUGGUAUAAUUUACACAUUGCCAAAUGGAACAGAUUGUACACCGAGUGUUUGAUUUCUUCACAGUUUUAUGCUCUGAGAUUAGAAUUGCUUUUGCAAAAUGUCUGUCUUAGUUUUUCAUUGGCGGACAAGUUAAUAUGUACAUAAUCCACGACCACACAAUACAUGAUGCUGGAUGUCAGGGUUUCAUUCCCGAGGCUCUCAGAUUAGUAUGUGCCCCAAGCCAGGGUUCUGUUGUCUUGGUGUUUAGAGAUACUCUGUCUUGGUGUUUAGAGAUACUCUGUCUUGGUGUUUAGAGAUACUCUGUCUUGGUGUCUGAUGUUGGACAGUGAACAGAAUGCACAGCUCUGCGGCUCUGCAGAGGCCUGAGCUGCCAGAGAAGGCGUGCAUAUCUGCCAGCUGUAAUUUAUUUUGGCUUGGAAAUGAGACUUUUUUUUAAAGGAAAAUGUUUGUGUGUAUGUAUGUAUUGGAGAACUGGACUUUUAUAUGAAGUUUUUUUAAAUGCCCAAAGGCCUAGUUUGAAGCCCCCUUUAAAAAGAAUUCUUCACCCGUGACUUUUAUUUGAGAAGGGAUAACACUCUCAGAAAAGCUCCCUUUGUUGGAGCUAAUGUAAAAGGACUGCAGGCGGCUGAGCAGUGUGCUCCCUGUCGUCUCCUACGGCUCAACACCAUCCAGCAUCACACUCUCAAGCAGUGACCCUGAGGCCGCAUAGUUCAGACACGUGUCACAAAAAGUGGAAUAAUUAGCUAAAGAUAGGCUUCUUCCUGAAGGGCAACAGCCAUUUGUUCUCCUAGCCCUUGACUCCCAUGCUCUAGCCUCAGGCGUCAGGUGACCAGAUGCUGCACAACGUAAGCGCGUGUACUGAAAGCCACACUCCACUCCGGAAGCCCCUCGCCAUUUUUGAGUGCUGUGUUUGUCCAUGUCUAUUCCUGCGGUCUUUCCUUUGUUGUGAAGAUUCUGUGUUGCACUUUUAACCCCAGAGGGAUUUUUAUAAAACCUUUUUCUGAAAACAAUAAUAUCGGUGGUAGCAUAUGCAACUUCCGAUGCAGGCCUUAUGUUCCUAGCUUGCCUCCCCGAGAGAGAGGCCUCACCAAGCACAGCGCGUGAAGCGGCUGCGGAUUGCUGUGCCUUCAUCUAGAUGCGUCUUGCUUCCUUACUCCCCUGUCAGUCCUUCAAAAUGCUGGCUUUGUCUGGCUUCCGGAGCACGGCAAAGCUAAUCACACAUUUCCAUUCUUAGAAUCUAAUGCAAUAAAUAUUUCUCAUACCUGCACUGUACAGCUAGGUGUGCUGGGGGAAAUGAUCCACUACUCAGCUCUCUGUUAUUCUCCAUUGUCCAAGUUAUUCCCAUUCAAGAAGCAUUCAUACGCAAGGAGACGACACAUGACUUCAGCACGCCAGUGUGGAGGUUUGUGAAGGGCAGCCAUGAGGACCGACUGACAAUGCUGCUGGCUUCUCUUCUGUUCAUGAAUUUUGUUUUAGUUGUGAGCAUUCUGUUGAUUUUCUCUGUUGUCUCAAUAAAUGAGAGACGCUGUUAGCGCCCUCCCACAGGUGUUGUGAGUCGGUGGAGCCUCGGUGAUCCUCUAAGUGCACAUGAUUCUCCUAAUAAAGGUCUCUUUUAUUUGUUACUCAA